ACCAUGAUGUUGACAAAAUUAAGGAAAUUUAUAGUGAAUCAUCAGAAAAUUUCCAGUUUGCAUGUUGAUCAUAUGUGUUCUUGUAGAUCAAGAGUGUUUUUAAAUGGACUAAUAACACGCGUUUUUCUUGGAAGAAAUUAUAAUUCCUUACCAGGUAUAGUAGAAAAUGAUGUCAAAUCUCUACGCUCCAUCAUCAACCCUCCUAUAUCUAAAAUUCGUAACAUUGGAAUUAUGGCUCACAUUGAUGCAGGCAAAACCACAACUACAGAAAGAAUAUUGUAUUAUUCUGGAUACAUUAGAUCUUUGGGAGAUGUUGAUGAUGGAGACACAGUGACAGAUUUCAUGGCCCAAGAGCGAGAAAGAGGUAUUACCAUUCAAUCAGCUGCUGUCACAUUUGAUUGGAAGGGGUACAGAGUUAAUCUCAUUGAUACACCAGGUCAUGUGGAUUUCACUUUAGAAGUUGAACGCUGUCUAAGAGUAUUGGAUGGUGCAGUAGCUGUAUUUGAUGCUUCAGCAGGGGUGGAGGCACAGACUCUAACAGUAUGGAGACAAGCUGAUAAACACUGUGUGCCCCGAAUCUGUUUUUUAAAUAAGAUGGACAAAACUGGAGCAAGUUUUAACUAUGCUAUUGAAAGCAUCAGAGAGAAGCUGAAGACAAAACCUUUGCUUUUACAGUUGCCAAUUGGUGAAGCAAAAGCUUUCAAAGGACUAGUUGAUGUAGUGACUAAGGAAAAAGUUAUUUGGAACCCUAUAUCUAAUUCUGAUGAUGGAAAACACUUUGUGAGAGAGCCUCUCACAGAAAUAAAUGAUCCUGAAUUGCUGAAGGAGGCCACGGAAGCAAGAAAUGCCCUAAUUGAACAAAUUGCAGAUUUGGAUGAUGAGUUUGCUGACCUAGUUUUAGGAGAAUUUAUUGAAAAUUUUGAUUUAUUACCAUCUGAAAAGUUAUACCCUGCAAUACGUAGAGUAACUGUGGCUCAGAAAGCUGUCCCUGUGCUCUGUGGAAGUGCCCUAAAGAAUAAAGGGGUUCAACCCUUAUUAGAUGCCAUUACUAUGUAUCUGCCUUCUCCUGAUGAACGCAGUGAUGAAUUUCUACAGUGGUAUAAGGAUGAUUUAUGUGCCCUGGCAUUUAAAGUUCUCCAUGACAAACAGCGUGGGCCUUUAGUUUUCACGCGAGUUUAUUCUGGUACAAUGAAACCUCAGUCAGCCGUCCAUAACAUUAAUGGAAACUGCACGGAGAGAAUAAGUCGCUUACUCUUGCCUUUUGCUGACCAGCAUAUAGAAAUUCCUUCUCUGACAGCAGGCAAUAUUGCACUAACUGUUGGACUUAAACAAACUUCCACUGGAGAUACCAUUGUUUCAUCCAAGGCCUCAGCAUUGGCAGCAGCCCGUCGUGCUGGAAAAAAUGAAGGAAAGAUGCACAGAAAAAACACAGAAACAGGGAGCCUUUUAUUGGCAGGGGUAGAGAUACCAGAACCCGUCUUCUUUUGUACUAUAGAACCCCCUUCAGUAGCCAAACAGCCAGAACUGGAUCGAGCUUUGAACUGCCUUCAGCGUGAAGAUCCUAGUUUAAAAGUGCGGUUAGAUCCUGACUCUGGACAAACUAUUCUCUGUGGUAUGGGGGAGCUGCAUAUUGAGAUCAUUAAUGACCGCAUCAAGAGGGAAUAUGGAGUUGAGACUUUUCUUGGUCCUCUACAAAUAGCAUAUAGAGAAACCAUCCUAAACUCAGGCCGUGCCACAGAUACGUUGGAUAGAAUGCUAGGAGAGAAAAGACAUUUAGUGACUGUGGAAAUGGAAGUAAGACCAUUUGUAAAAGAAAAAUCCCAAGGAACCCCUAUUAUUGAGUAUGCUGAAAAUAUCAAGGAAGAACUUCUGCAAGAAUUUCAAGAGGCUAUUGAAAAUGGAAUUCGUAGUGCAUACCUGCAAGGACCUUUGCUUGGAUUCCCAGUUCAAGAUGUUGCAGUUACUCUCUGUUCAUUGACACUUCACCCUGGCACCUCUACAACAAUGGUUUCUGCCUGUGUCUCACGUUGUGUGCAAAAGGCUUUAAAGAAAGCUGACAAACAGGUUUUAGAACCUCUAAUGAACCUAGAAGUUACAGUGACUGGAGACUACCUUAGUUCCGUCUUGGCUGAUCUUGCCCAGAGAAGAGGCAGCAUUCAGGAAAUCCAGAGUCGGCAAGAUAACAGAGUUGUUGUUGGAUCAGUGCCCUUAGCAGAAAUGAUGGGUUAUUCAACUGUGCUCCGGACUUUAUCAUCUGGCACGGCAACUUUUGCUUUGGAAUUGUCUAAUUAUCAGGCUAUGAACCUUCAGGACCAAAAUGCUUUACUUAAUCGAAGGAGUGGAUUGGCUUGAUCACUUCACACUCUUGGAAAAUGAAAAGAAUUCCUCAGUCCUGCUUUCUUUGUUUUCAUUGGGAGUGACUGAGUUACAUUCUCUCAGUUAAGUCUCUUCAUUGUAUGAAGAUCCACAUGAAUGACUUUCCUUUGGAAGGGAGUUACUAAUCCUCAUUUAUGACAUAAAACGUGAGCUCUCAUGUUAUACUUAGAACCUAACCUGUGUUUGUUGGCUACUGGGACCUUGCUAAUUUCUGAUGAUCAACUUAUUUGUUUUAAAAUAGCCCUAGCUAAGAGAGGUAUUCCUCAAAAGAUAAGUGCUAAGAGCCUGUGAACGGUUUUCAAAGCCAGAAUUACCACUGUCAGUGACUAUAUGAAAGCAAGUUUCAGAUCACAAAGAAAAAGGCACUUAAUAUAAGGCUGAUGGUUCACGUCACACCCUAAAAAUGGGCAGAUGUCCAAAAACUAAGAUGCCUUCACUAUGAAGAGGCUUUGGGAUCCCAAAUGGCAUGCUAAUACACUGUUGGCAAAGCUGUGAACUGUUCCAGCCCUUUUGGAAAACAAUAGGAAAUUGUAUAAGAAAAGUGACUCAAGUGCUUGUAACCUUUGACCUUGGUAUAGCGCGGGAAGGCCACGUGUUUCAGUAUAUACCAAAAUAUUUCAGAUGGAAGAUUUAUUGUAGCAAAGAACUAACAGGCACCUGGCAAUCAUGAAAUGGCUGAACUGUAGGAUGGCAAUGGGAUGGAGUUAGGUGCAGCAGGAAAUGACAGGCAUGAAGAAUUUGGAGACAUGUGGGAAGAUUUGAAUGAACUGAUGUAGGGAAGGAAAUAAACAGCCCUGGAAGAACCCCACGCACCAUGACUGAGUAAGAAGCUCACCAAGCGGACAACAUCAGAUAGUCAUCAGAAAACAGAUACUGAAACCUCCUCCCCACUAAGGCAAGGAGGCUGAAAAGAUGGUCACAUUCAGAUUCAUUCACUAUGUGUACGUAGCAGCUGUUCUUGCUUAGCUGUUUUUGUGUCAAGGGAGGGUUCAGUUCCAGGGUAUCCAGGUAGGCCAGUGAUAAAGAAAUCCUAAAUAAAAUUUAUUUUGAAAAAUAAA